AGUCCUCGCGAUAGCCGCGUCCUCAGUGCGGGAUGGCCGCGGAGCCGGGUGGAGGUACCCCGCGGCUCCGGGAGCGGGCUCUCGGGGCCGAGAGAUGGCCCGGGGCCCCGGCCAGCUAGGCGGGCCUCGUCCGGAUACCGUCGUCAUGCCCAAGAGAGGAAAGCGGCUCAAGUUCCGGGCCCAUGACGCCUGCUCGGGCCGAGUGACCGUGGCGGACUAUGCCAACUCGGAUCCGGCGGUGGUGAGGUCUGGACGGGUCAAAAAAGCCGUGGCUAACGCUGUUCAGCAGGAAGUAAAAUCUCUUUGUGGCUUGGAAGCCUCCCAGGUUCCUGCAGAGGAGGCUCUUUCUGGGGUGGGUGAGCCGUGUGACAUCAUGGACAGCAGUGAUGAGAUGGAUGCCCAGGAGGAAAGCACUCAUGAAAGAUCAGUCUCCAGAAAAAAGAAAAGCAAGAGACACAAAGAAGACCUGGAUGGAGCUGGAGGAGAAGAAUAUCCUAUGGAUAUUUGGCUGUUGCUGGCUUCCUAUAUCCGUCCUGAGGACAUUGUGAAUUUUUCCCUGAUUUGUAAGAACGCUUGGACUGUCACUUGCACUGCUGCCUUUUGGACCAGGUUGUACCGAAGGCACUACACGCUGGAUGCUUCUCUGCCUUUGCGGCUGCGACCAGAAUCAAUGGAGAAGCUGCGCUGUCUUCGGGCAUGUGUGAUUCGAUCUCUGUACCAUAUGUAUGAACCAUUUGCUGCUCGAAUCUCCAAGAAUCCAGCCAUUCCGGAAAGCACUCCUAGCACAUUAAAGAAUUCCAAAUGCUUACUUUUCUGGUGCAGAAAGAUUGUUGGGAACAGACAAGAACCAAUGUGGGAAUUCAACUUCAAGUUCAAAAAGCAGUCCUCUAGAUUAAAGAGCAAGUGUAUGGAACGGCUGCAACCGCCCAUUCAAUAUGAAGAUGUUCAUACCAACCCUGACCAGGAUUGCUGCCUGCUGCAGGUCACCACCCUCAACUUCAUCUUUAUUCCUAUUGUCAUGGGAAUGAUAUUUACCUUGUUUACUAUUAAUGUGAGUACAGACAUGCGGCAUCAUCGAGUGAGAUUGGUGUUCCAAGAUUCUCCUGUCCGUGGUGGUCAGAAUCUGCGCAGUGAACAGGGUGUGCAAGUUGUCCUGGAUCCGGUGCACAGUGUUCGGCUCUUUGACUGGUGGCAUCCGCAGUAUCCAUUCUCCCUGAGAGCAUAGUUACUGCUUGGCAUCCCAUGGGACAGCUUCCAGUCUAGUCCAUUAGUAAUCAGAUUCUGUUUGGAAGGGGCAGCUGGAUUGUAUAGCUCAUUAGUGAUGCAACACUGUUUGGGUUCCUGGGGCUCCUGUUACAGAAGGUGGAAAGGUUGAAUCAGGAGGAAAACCAACUAUGAUUUAUAAACAUUUUAAUGUAAAAUUUGCAUAUUUGAAAGGAGAAACCUGGCCUCAUUUUCUGUGUUAAACCCCAGUUGGUACUGUUGAGUUUGUUCUUUAUUCUUUUAUCUCAGCAAAUGGAUGAUUUUGCGCUAGGGAAAAAUUAAGCUCUAACUCUUCAAGCAAGGAAGUUUUCCUUUAUGGACUAGAGGAACCCAGAGGCUUAAAAUGGUUGCUCCAAUGUGCUGCUCCUUGAAUUGAAGUGAAUAUUUUUUCUUUUCCUUUUACCCUUCUCCAUAAAUAAAGCAGGUGACAGGGUUGUCAGAAUCUUACAAGAUUGACUUGUGCAUCUUUUUAAAAAAAUGCUUUUUGGAUAUUUAUUACAUGAAUAUUGAUUGUUUGCUGAUUUUGUAUUUUGGGUUUUUGUUUUAUUGCAUGAGACUGAUAGUGAUGGUAAUGAUUAUGUACCCCCGGUACUGUUCUAAGAACGUUAUAGAUUGUGUCUCUAAUCCUUGUGUCUUGCAAGGUAGUUGAAACCCUUCCCAUUUUAUGGUUGAGAAAUUGAAUCAUUGACUUAACCAAGGCCAGAACUACUGGUACAUGCAGAGCUAGGAUUCUGACCCAUGUCUUUUUUGCUAUACCACAAUUUCAAAGGCCAGUUUCAUUUUUCUUGUGCUACAUAGUGGUGAAAAGGAGUAGGCAGAGUUUGAUCAAUAAAAAAGCAAAAGAAUGAGUUAUUUGAAUCUUUCAGAUAGACAAUAUUAAAACAGAGUUUAGGAAGAAUUGUGGUGUUUGCAUUAAAUUAUUAGGCUUUAUUUUAUGCUAAAGGUCAUUUUCAAAAAAAUGCAUUGCAUGUUGAAACCAGCCUUAAACUAGAAGCAAUUAAUAGCUUUUCUCUGCCCUGUCCUGUACUUUGCAAAAUUUGUUUUUUCCUUUUAAAACCAUCCUGUGUGCUUUCAGAAGCCUGGUCUUCUGUCUGUACAGAAUCGUUGACACCCUCUUUGGUCAAAGUUCUUACUGUCACUGGCAUGCUCUGAGAAAAGGAUCAUGGGUGGGUUUUGUUUUUCUCUCUAAGAAGAAAAUCCUCUUGCUUCCUUUCCCACCUGGCUGUGGCAGGAGGUGGACAUUAAGACAAUAGUCUUAACACUCAGUAUCUUGAGUCCAGCCCCUAGCAUUGCAGUGUAGCCUCCUUGCCCACAAACGUAGUCUCCUCGAGACAGAGUCUUGCUAUGUAGUCCACGCUGGCCUUGAACUUAAUCCUCUUACUUAACCACCUGCAGUAUUGGGAUUACAGGUGUGAGUCACCAGCAGGACAAAGGCAAUAUUCUUGAACCAUGGAAAUAUCAUGGAGUAGAUACUUAUGUGAGCUAAACUGCUAAAUUAGUAUGUUGGUUUUCUUCUCUCUCUUCACCCCAUGCUAUUUAAAGAACAUUCUUAAGAAGCAUCUGUUUAAUACUGCUGCUGACAGAUAGGAUAGCCUUACCCCACACUGAGGGGAAUAUCACUGGUUGAACAGAAAGUGAGCCUGGGUCAGUAAAAACAACCAGAAUUUGGGUACUUAGUUAACAAAAUCAACAAAAACCCAAGGACAAUAAGCACUUCACAGAUCUCUGCAAUCAAAAGUUGUCUCUUUGAAACAGAAGGAAAGAAGCACAGAAUCUGGAGUCCCCCAAAUAAAGAUGCCAAGGAGCAUGGGGAAGUUGUCCUUGUGGAUGUGUGUCUCCCAUUCAGGUUUACCUUAAGGGGCUGAAAUAAAUGUGGCUUAAUUGUC